AUGCAUUCCUUCAACAUUCUUCUUUCUUCUUCUCUCUUCGCCUUGACCCAGGCUCACUCCGUCAUUCUCGGUGCUCAGGGUCUCGAUUCCUCUCCCAACAGCGUGGGAUUCCAAGUCGAUCCCGAGAUUGCUCGCAACUGCAUCACCAUCAACCCCUGCCAACAAGAUGCUACCAUCAUCCGCGAUGCCGAGAUCACCGCCAACAUUGUGAACCAGUGUGGUCGUACUGAGCUCUCUGGAAACAUCGAUGUCGGCGAGAACACCGAGAACGCCAUCUCUGCCAAGCAGGUCACCCAGGUUGAGGCUGGUGGUGAGCUUACUGUCACCAUCCACCAAGUCAACGCCGAUGGUGCUGGUCCUUAUGUCUGUGAUCUCGACGAGAGCAGCAACACAAACACCAACAUCCAGAACCUGACCGUCACAAACAACGUCCCCGGAACAAACGGUCUCUCUCAGGUCAAGACACAGGCUUUCAACAUCACGGUCAAGAUGCCUGAUGACCUUAACUGCUUCGGUGCCUCCACCGGAAACAUCUGCACUGUCCGAUGCCGCAACAACGCUCUUGCCGGUCCCUUCGGUGGCUGCUUCGCUGUCCAGCAGGCCGACACCGACAAGAAGACCAACACUCCCCAGAACAUCAAGACCACUCAGACCCUGAACGGCAUCAACGCUCAGAUCCUCCAGAACCAGAAGGAUUUCGAGGACUCUGUCGCUGCCAACGAGAACGCUACCUCUGAUGAGGCUGCUCAGAACAAGGCUGCUGUCGAUGCCCUUCUCGGUGCUACCGUUGUGACAUCUGCUUUCGCUACCGAGACUCCUACUGUUGACCUUGGUCGACCUCCUGUCGCUACUCCUGAUCCCAACGAGGGCAAAGAUGGUAAGGCUGGUGACAACAACGGUGGUAACAACAACGGUGGUAACAACGGCGGUAACAACGGAGGUAACAAUGGCGGUAACGGAGGUAACAACGGAGGUAACGGUGGUCAAGGAAACGGUGGUCAAGGAAACAAUGGCCAAGGAGAUCAAGGAAACAACCAGGGUGGUGGCAACGGUGGAAACGGUGGAAACGGAGGCGACCGAGGUGGUAACCGAGGUGGCAAUGGCGGCGGUAACCCCUUUGGAGGUAACGGUGGCAACCCCUUUGCUGGUGGUAACGGACAAAAGGCCAAGCGCGGCUUCAGCAUCCGUCGCAUGUCCAAGCGAACUGUCUUUUAA